ACAUCAACACAGACCCAUCUUCCACCACGAACAAGGCUCUGUCCGCAAAUGGCCUCGGCUCUCCCCUCCCCUUCCGCGCUCUCGUCCAUCGCCUCCUCCGCCGCCGUGGCAGUCGCCAAGCCGCCUCCGAAACCCUUCCUCAAGCCGCACCACAAGCCCCUCUCCACCACUCUUACGGCCGCCGCUGCCGCCGCCGCCGCCGCCGCCGUCCUACUCUCCGCCGCCCCGGCCCCGUCCUUCGCUGACCCGAUGUUCAACCUUUACUACGGCACCGCCGCCAGCGCGGCCAACUACGGCGGAUACGGUGGGAACGCGGACAAGAAGGCCACCGCGGAGUACACGUACGAGGUCCCCGAGGGGUGGAAGGAGCGGCUGGUGUCCAAGGUCGAGAAGGGCACCAACGGCACCGACAGCGAGUUCUACAACCCCAAGAAGCGCUCCGAGCGCGAGUAUCUCACCUUCCUCUCCGGUUUCCGGGCGUUGGCCCCCGUCGACGCCGUCCUCUCCAACCUCGCCCUCUCCGACGUGGGCCUGCAGGACCAGAUCGCCACCGCCGACGAGGUACGCUCCCAGGAGCGCAAGGACGACGAUGGGCAGCUGUACUACGCCUACGAGAUCGAGGGAGCAGGCUCCCACAGCCUGAUAUCCGUCACUUGCGCCCGCAACAAGCUGUACGCCCACUUCGUCACCGCGCCCAAUCUCGACUGGACCCGCGACCAGGACAUGCUCCGUCGACUUCACGACUCCUUCAAGACUGUCGAUCCAUCUUCUUCGUAGCUUCUUUCCAUCCCCAAUUAUAUGAUACUCCAAUGCUACUCCAGAGUGCGGUAUUCCCCCACUGCUCUCUUAUGGUUCCUUCGUUUCCUCUCUGUACUGUUCUGCUUCUUGUUCAUCGUGAGAACUAGAAUGUGAAUUGAAAUAGUCUUUUUGGGAAGCACUGUAUAGUUCUGUACUUUAAUAUGCACAAAAAAGCACAUUGUGUUCA